GUUUAUUUUGUAGUCUGUCCUAUAUCGUACAAUCACUGUCAGCGUAAUGGCUAUCCACGUGGAAAUGCGUCUGAAGUAACGACAUUUUCCUUCCGUCAACGAAGUCUUUAUUCCGGCUUUCUCCAACUGUUUUCGGCUUUCUCUGCCUCGCUUUCGGCUCCAGCGAAGACGUUUCUUUUCGUCUCCUCGAAAACCUGCUUACCUACCGGUGAUGAAUCACGUUAAUAGAUCUCUCUCGCUAAAAUGUCUGUUGCUAUUUUCGCUAUAUUUUUUCAUGUGACGAACGACUGUGAUGAGUCAUUGUAGAUUGCUGGCUUGUCUCUUUCUUUGUCUCUGCGUUUCUCCCGCGCCAUUACACUGCCGCCGCUGGUUGGCUGGCUGGAAGCGACGAUCUUUUUUUCUCGCUUCGAUGCACCCCCUUGGAUAGGAAUAGUUCAGUCAAGCAGUGAUUUUGCCAUGAUACGUUCGAGCAGUAUCACUGCCGCGGCCGUUAACAAUUUUCGUUGACGGUCCGCGUCAUUCUUUUGCCACUAGUGGCACUGUCGCUGGCUCAGUGCCAUAACGGCAAUUCUGAAGACUAAUACUAACUGGACGGCCAGAAUGGUAGAUAGCAGGCAAUAGGUGGAGAGAACUGGUGGACAGCAUAACAACGACAAUAAUAACGGCACUGUAAGUCCUAGUCAGUCCGGCUCGAUCCAGUCUGAUCCGAUGUUCUCGCUUGCCCGUUGCUAAUUGGAUAUGCGUUCGCGCUAUUGCUGGGGCUGCUUUUGGAUCAGGCUGUGGGCUAACUACCGCUGCUGUUCUAAUCCUCACAGCGAUGAUAGUACGGGUCCCAAGAAUCGACGGAAGGCGACAGUUGGCAACAGGUGACAACUCUGAGUUGUCGAUAUCGGACGUCAUCGAGCUCAAUCGACAGAAGGAGAACCACCCGGCGAUAUCCUCGCGACCUACAAUAACGGCUACUGGGGCGAGCAGUGUGGCUUCGGGAGGACCUUCCGCUCAAAGAGGCACAGGGCCGGAUCGGCGAACUGUCGCCCCGCAACCUUCAAAUCAGCAUUCAGCUGCCGAACAGACGCGCAGGAUUCCCAGAGUUACUUCUCGUCCUAUUGGCAUGGAGGACAGCCGUGUUCCGGGCAGUUUGAAUAGUUUGAGUAAUAACUCGUUACAUCAGGACAAUAACCACAAUGUUCAGACAACGCACGCGCCAGCUGUAGCUACGGUACCUGGUGGCAACGCCCGUCGAGAUCGUCUUGGCGGGCGUCCGGAGCCUUUGGCAUUGCGACGAUCCGAAAUAUCAAAGCCGCGCAACGUGCCUGCUCAACCGAUAAAAAUGGCGCGGCCAACAGCGGUUUCAUCAAAUGUGGGAAAAAAACACCCUCAUCAAAAGUUCCUCAAUAUGAUUGAGGAUUAUCGGCACCAGCUACCGCGUAUGGCUCCACCAGCCAACCCACCGAUGGAUCAGCGGAUUACCGUCGCUGUUCGAAAACGUCCAUUGGGAAAAAAAGAAAUAACAAAGCAAGAAGUAGAUGUAAUUACCGUGCCAUCGAAGGAUCAUUUGAUCGUACACGAGCCGAAAACCAAACUGGACCUAACACCGUAUCUGGAGAACACACCGUUCCGUUUCGAUUACGCCUUCGACGAGAGCUCAGAUAACGAGCUCGUGUAUCGUUACACGGCCAAGCCGCUUGUCAAAACUGUUUUUGAGGGCGGAAUGGCAACAUGUUUCGCGUACGGCCAAACAGGGUCGGGAAAGACCCAUACGAUGGGUGGGACAUUUGUCAAUGAUGGCAAAGGAACACAACAGGUUGAUAAAGGCAUCUACUAUUUUGCUACAAAGGACGUCUUUGCUACACUUCGUUCGCCCCACUAUGUCCGUGAGAACUUAGUGGUAUGCGCGAGCUUUUUCGAAAUUUACGGUGGUAAGGUGUUUGACCUACUGGCUGGGAAAAAGUUGCUUCGGAUCUUGGAAGAUGGCAAACAGCAGGUGCAGGUCGUGGGCUUGUCAGAAACUCGUGUCCAAAAUGUUCAGGAGGUCUUGCAGUUGUUACAACAAGGUAACGCCUGUCGUACGUCGGGAACGACAUCAGCCAACGCGCAUUCAUCGCGUUCACACGCAGUCUUCCAGCUGACGUUGUAUCGACCAGCUGGCCGUGAAAUGCGCCUUCACGGGCGUUUUAGUUUAAUCGAUCUGGCAGGUAAUGAACGUGGCUCUGAUACAGGGAAGGCUAACGACCGAAAUGCGCAGCGUGAAGCUGCAGAUAUCAACAAAGGUCUGUUGGCAUUGAAGGAAUGUAUUCGAGCUUUAGGUCGAAAGGGCGCCCACUUGCCCUUUCGUGGUUCCCGUUUAACGCAUAUUCUUAAGGACUCUUUUGUCGGUGAAAAAAGUCGGACGUGCAUGAUUGCCAUGAUUUCACCAGGGAUGGCAUCCUGCGAUUAUACACUAAACACACUCCGCUACGCAGAUCGCGUGAAGGAACUCGCCGUCGGUGAUCCAACUGGACAGCGAGAUAGCCCUGUUGAUGAGGCAGGUGACUAUUUAAUGGACCGAGAUGAUUUGCUUGCAGGAGAAGAUGCACUAGGUCGCGCCUGUGCCCAAGUGCAGGAUGCCGAACAAGUUGUGUGGGAACAACAUCAAGAUCUUCUUGCUGAAACGGAGGAUUUUCUUGCUCACCUUCAACAGCUACGCUCGAUGGCCAACGACCCCGAUUACGAUGUCAUGGAUUACACGGUUCGUCUCAACGACGCCUUAGGUGGUUUUGAUUCAAUACGUGCUCGUGUCGAGCGACUGCCAGAAUUCACUCGUAGCCUACAGGAAGCGCUAGUCGAAGAAGACAGGGUGGCAAAGGAACUUCGUGGCUAGACUCAUUACGGUCUGCUUGAACGGACCGAGAGAUCAAUCCUAACUAUAGAUGAUUAAGGAAAUGAACCAUAGUGGAAAUAUAUGACAACGAAAAACUAAACUGUAUACAGCAUCCAGCAGUGGUACUGAAACGGUAAACGAGUGAAGGUCGAGAAGUUAUCUUUGCUCUAGUUGUCAGACGUGGGUCGACAGCGUGACGAAUAGUUGCUCUGCCACCCUGUCUACGGUUAUCCGUCACUUAUUGAUAUACUGCAAUGGAAAUUCCUCCACUUGGAUGCCCACAAUAUACAGAACUUUGUUCUCAAAAAUCUUGUUUACGAACGUAAUAAGCGUUAGACAAAGAUAUCUGCCACAAUCAGGGGUCCUACAUAUAUAUCUAUGUAUAUUGUAAAUAGAUAUUUACUAGAACGUUAUUUGAUGUCAAAUAGACUGGUACUUCAUUGCUUAGCCUCAUAAUACAAUCGAAAAACAAUGAACUGAUUGGCAUCGAUUCAAUUUAUAAAGAUGGAACAAAAGAUGUAGAAGACGAUAAAUAAUCAGGACGCGACGCAAAAAGAGCCAAUCAUCUGGUCUCUUUUUUGUUUGUCUUCUGCGAAUGUUGGGUGUGCGGUAGAAGGACAUGAUAUAGCUUACGCCUGAAUGAGUCGCGUAAGGGGCAGGUAAACAAAUGGAAGAACUAAAAUUAUGACAGUCGUUUGCGCAAACGACGACAUGCCAAAUAAAGGCCGUUUGGAGGGAUUAUCGCUUUAUAGGUAAUGUAGGUUUUAUUUCUAGGUGCGCUGAAUUGCCGGUCACGAGAGGGAUGGAAAACGAACAGGCGGGAACGGAUUAGAGUGACGAUAACUUUCUUAAAAGCCAUUCUUAAAUGAAGUCAAAUGAUAUCUAUAACAUUUAAUGUUCUAUGAUAAUUAUUCUUUGUUGUGGACGUUACGAAUUCACGAAGAGCUACUAUGUUUGUAGGCAAAGACAAUGUCUACAUGCCUACAGUUCAAUCAGUAUCACAGUCAGCCAGCCCCACUUUACGAUUUUAUAAUAAACAUGACCUCGUUUUGAGAUUUCGAAACGCAGCGAUGACAAAAAAGGACAUAUCAUACGAAAAUUGUACUAUUGUAAGCUCAACUAAAGCCUUACUCAACGUUGUA